AUGUCCACAGAGGAGCGGCAUCUCACCUCUAGCUGCGGAUCCUUCAUUAAGACUGAGCCGUCCAGCCCAUCUUCUGGCAUUGAUGCCAUCAGCCAUCAUAGUCCCAGCGGCUCCUCUGACGCUAGUGGUGGCUACGGCAUCGCCAUGGGUGGCCACCCGAACGGCCUGGACUCGCCACCCAUGUUCAACGGUGCAGGGAUUGGUGGCGGAUCCUGCCGUAAGCGCUACGACGACUGUGCCAGCGCCAUCAUGGAGGACUCGCCCACCAAGUGCGAGUACAUGCUCAAUGCCAUCCCCAAGAGGCUGUGCCUGGUGUGCGGGGACAUUGCAUCUGGCUACCACUAUGGCGUGGCCUCCUGCGAGGCAUGCAAAGCCUUCUUCAAAAGAACAAUUCAAGGGAACAUUGAAUACAGCUGCCCAGCCACCAAUGAGUGUGAGAUUACGAAACGGAGGCGCAAGUCCUGUCAGGCCUGUCGCUUCAUGAAAUGCCUCAAAGUGGGGAUGCUGAAAGAAGGGGUUCGUCUUGAUCGAGUCCGCGGAGGACGCCAGAAGUACAAGAGAAGACUGGACUCUGAGAGCAGUACUUAUCUGAGCUUACAGAUCCCUCCUCCAGCCAAAAAGCCAUUAGUAACUUCUCCUUUGACAUUUGCAGUGACUAAGAUCGUCUCCCACUUGCUGGUGGCAGAGCCAGAGAAGAUUUAUGCCAUGCCUGACCCCACCAUGCCGGAGAGUGACAUCAAAGCGCUGACAACCCUCUGUGACUUAGCAGACAGGGAACUGGUGGUGAUCAUUGGAUGGGCAAAGCACAUCCCAGGUUUCUCUAAUCUCUCCCUGGGGGACCAGAUGAGCCUCCUGCAGAGCGCCUGGAUGGAGAUCCUCAUCCUGGGCAUUGUGUACCGCUCACUGCCCUACGAGGACAAGCUGGUCUAUGCCGAGGACUACAUCAUGGAUGAGGAGCAUUCGCGCCUGACGGGGCUGCUGGAGCUCUACCUGGCCAUCCUGCAGCUGGUGCGCCGGUACAAGAAGCUGAAGGUGGAGAAGGAGGAGUUUGUCACACUCAAGGCCCUGGCCCUUGCCAACUCAGAUUCCAUGCACAUAGAGGACAUGGAGGCGGUGCAGAAACUCCAGGACCUUCUCCAUGAAGCCCUGCAGGAUUACGAGCUGAGUCAGCGCCACGAGGAGCCGCGGCGGGCGGGCAAGCUGCUGCUGACCUUGCCCCUCCUGCGGCAGACGGCCGCCAAAGCGGUGCAGCACUUCUACAGCAUCAAACUGCAGGGCAAGGUCCCCAUGCACAAACUCUUCUUAGAAAUGCUAGAGGCCAAGGUCUGA